AUGGCCAACAAGCAACAAAUAAAAGAAAAUAAAAAGAAAAAUACUAACCAAAAUGAAAAUAAAAAACAAAAAUCUUCUAUCUUUUCUAUUGGGAAUUUUUUAUUCAUCUCUACAAUAAUUACCUGUUUUACAUCAUGGUACAUAUAUAAAAUUCUGACGACACCACCUGAUUUACCACAGCUAGAUUUAAAUGCAUAUUGGGGACCUUAUCCAAUAAACUUAAAACCAGAUUUGUCUAUAAGACCUUAUAAUAUUGAAUUUUCUGAUGUGGUAGUUAAUGACCUUAGAGAAAGACUUCUCCAUAGGAGACCAUUUGUUCCCCCAUUAGAAGGCACAGGAUUCACUUAUGGCUUCAAUUCCAAUUUUAUAACUAGAGUACUAGAUUAUUGGCAGCACAAAUAUAAUUUUAAGGAGAGAGAAGAGUUCUUCAACAAAUUUGAUCACUAUGUAACUAACAUUCAAGGAAUGGAUAUACAUUAUGUCCAUGUGAAACCUAAUGUUCCCUCAGAUUUUGAGGUGGUUCCUUUACUAUUGUUACAUGGAUGGCCGGGCUCUAUAAGGGAGUUCUAUGAAAUAAUACCUAAACUUACUACACCUAAGGUGGGACAUAAGUUUGUGUUUGAGAUAAUAGCACCUAGCUUACCAGGAUUUGGAUUCUCUGAGGCGCCAGUCCGACCCGGUUUUGGACCAACUGAAAUGGCUGUUGUGAUAUCAAAUUUGAUGAAGAGAAUUGGUCAUGAGAAAUACUACAUACAAGGGGGAGAUAUAGGACAUAUGCUUGGAUCUAUACUGUCCACUUUGUUCCCCGAAACUGUUUUAGGUUUUCAUACAAACAUGCCGCUUGUCUGGUUUAAUAAAUUGGCCAAUAUUAACGUUUGGUUGGGAUCGUUUUGGCCAUCUUUAAUAGUUGAAGAAGAAUUAGAAAACCGCAUGUAUCCUUACAGUGACCACAUCAUGCAACUCAUAGAAGAAUCUGGAUAUUUACACUUGCAAGCGACUAAACCAGACACUAUAGGCAUAGCCCUAACAGAUUCUCCUGCAGGUCUCACUGCAUACAUACUAGAAAAAAUUUCAACUAUGACAAACCCUGCAUACAAACGGUCCGGAGAUGGAAAUUUGUUAGAUAAAUAUUCUUUAACUCACCUCCUUGAUAACAUAAUGGUGUACUGGUCUACUAACACCAUAACUACUGCCAUGAGGUUGUAUGCUGAGACUUUUAAUAAAAGAUUUAUGAGUAUGAGGAUCGAUGAAAUCCCAACUCAAGUACCAACAUGGGGGAUAAAGUUCAAACAUGAAUUAACUUUCCAACCAGAUUGCGUUUUAAAGCUGAAAUAUAAGAAUUAUUUACACAGCACUAUAGUGGACGAUGGCGGCCAUUUUGCAGCUUUAGAAAACCCAGAGAUAUUGGCCAAUGAUAUCUUCCAAGCUGUUGAUACUUUCAGAGAGUUUCAUAAUGUUGGAAAUAAACCUGAAGGAACAAAAGAGGUGAACUAUGAAACAGCCAAGACUAUAUAUGAGUUCACUGUCAAUGAUAUAUAUGGGAGGAAAGUGAAUCUCGACAAAUACAAGGGAUAUACUCUGAUUAUAGUCAACGUGGCAUCCCAGUGCGGUCUUACAGACAAUAAUUAUAACCAACUGAACGAAUUAUAUGAAAAAUAUGCAAAAUCAAACAAUUUAAGAAUAUUAGCGUUCCCAUGUAAUCAAUUUGGAGGUCAAGAACCUGGUUCGACAAAAGAUAUAGUCAAGUUUCUUAAAGAUAGAGACGUUAAAUUUGAUGUUUUUGAAAAAAUAGAGGUCAAUGGUGAAAAUGCACAUCCGUUGUGGAAGUUUUUGAAGCGAACCCAAAGUGGCUCGUUGGGUGAUUUUAUUAAAUGGAACUUCUCAAAGUUUAUUGUGGAUAGAGAAGGUGUUCCUGUGGAAAGGUUUGGACCAAAUGUUAAUCCAAUAGAUUUAGAACCAUAUUUAGCCAAGUAUUGG